AUGAAUAUAGCAAGUAUUGAUAAUCAUACGAUUGAUUUUAAUAAACAAAUGCUAGAACAAUAUAAAGCUAUUGAAGCUUUAAUUUCUGGUGAUUUCGAUCAGAUAAUAAAUCAAGGUACAUCAAUAAUAGUUAAUCGAUAUUUAGAUAUGUUAAAUAAUGAUUCUUUAUUUGGAGGAAAAACAAAAGAAAUAUUUCGAAUUAUUCAACGUCAUACACUACUUAUAAAACAUGUUUAUGAUGGAAACAAUAAAAAAAUAGUUUCGUAUGCUUUCAAUACUAUAGAUGAUAUAUUACCUAAUAUACCAGUAAUAGAUACAUUAGGUUUAGUAUUACCAUUCACUCUUAAUAGUGUUGUUAAAAAGGAAGUCUUCAAAAUUAAUAAUUUGUUUCUAUCGAUUAUUAAACAAUUUAAUUCCAAGAAUGAAGAACAUAAAUUAGAAACAUUAGAUAUUGUACAAAAAAUUUUAUAUUCAUCAGAUAAAUGGACUAUAUUUGAACAAAAUAAAGAUAAACUAAAUAAUGAAAUUUGUCAAUUACUUCGUCCUGCUAUCGAACGUGAACAAAAACUUAUUGAUGAAUAUCAACAAGUAAUGGAAUAA